AUGCGUCGCGUCGAAGUCGAAGUCGAAGGAAGAGAAAAAGGAGAGCGGCCUUCGUUAAAGGGUUACCUUGUUCGUCAGCGGACCGGUGAGGAGCGGAAACGAGGAGAGGGAAAUUUAAGGACCGACGGAAGAAAGGCGCACGAAAACUUCGCAGUCCGCACCGCUCUUCGACGGAUUCCGUGCCUCUCGCUGCUCGACGACAACUGUGUGUUUGCCCACCAUCCGACCGACCUACCGACCGACCGACCGACCGACCGACCGACAGCUAGACGUACCCAGCGACUGACUGAACGCGCGAGCAAACGACGCCAGAGAGAGAAAGACGAAAGACGGCCGGCCGGGCCAGCCAGACGGUCAGUAGAUCUUCGGCCCACUGCAGCCUGUGCUGACUACGACGAACACAAAGCGACCACUGCAACGACCGCAUCUCGACCACCACUCAGCAACAUGAGCGAAGAGGUGCCAUCUGGCGACUUAGACUUUUUCAACGUCGACUCGGCCAUCGACGCUCUGAGGUAA